GCGCUGUCACUGUUAUGGUCCUGUCAGGACGCCGGCGUCGUGGUGUUUGGGCUGUCGCCACCCAGAGGACUUUGGUGGGGGACUCUCGGGGCAGCCCCGCGGCCCGCAGCGGUUUUCUCCGGCCUCGCUCCUAGGCAGCACUUCCCGGCUCUCGGGCCGCACUGUAGGCGCGCGUGCAAAUCGGCUCCGCGGCUGCCUUGGGGCUUGGGCCCAACUGCAGCCUCCUCCCCCGCCGCGGGCUCCGAGGGGCCGCGCGAUGCAGCCACCCGGCCCGCCCCCGGCCUAUUCCCCCUCUAACGGGGACUUCACCUUUGUCACCUCAGCAGACGCAGAAGAUCUCAGUGGUUCAAUAGCAUCCCCAGAUGUCAAGUUAAACCUUGGUGGAGAUUUUGUGAAAGAAUCAACAGCUACUACAUUUCUGAGACAAAGAGGAUAUGGCUGGCUUUUGGAAGUUGAAGAUGAUGACCCUGAAGAUACCAAGCCACUCUUGGAAGAAUUGGAUAUCGAUCUAAAGGAUAUUUACUACAAAAUCCGAUGUGUUUUGAUGCCAAUGCCAUCACUUGGUUUUAAUAGACAAGUGGUGAGAGACAAUCCUGACUUUUGGGGUCCCCUGGCUGUUGUUCUUUUCUUUUCCAUGAUAUCUUUAUAUGGACAGUUUAGGGUGGUCUCAUGGAUUAUAACCAUUUGGAUAUUUGGUUCGUUAACAAUUUUCUUACUGGCCAGAGUUCUUGGUGGAGAAGUUGCAUAUGGUCAAGUCCUUGGUGUUAUAGGAUAUUCAUUACUUCCUCUAAUUGUAAUAGCCCCUAUACUUUUGGUGGUUGGAUCAUUUGAAUUGGUGUCUACACUUAUAAAACUGUUUGGUGUGUUUUGGGCUGCCUACAGUGCUGCUUCAUUGUUAGUGGGUGAAGAAUUCAAGACCAAAAAGCCUCUCCUGAUUUAUCCAAUCUUUUUAUUAUACAUUUAUUUUUUGUCCUUAUAUACUGGGGUGUGAUCUAAGUCAUAUAUGAAUGGAAAAAGACAAUGUUACAUUUUUGUGUAGGCUGGGAUUCUUGCUUGAGGGAAUUGAAGAAAACCUGUUGCUGGUAAAAUUUUACAUGUUCCAGAUGUAAAGGCAGUUUAAGGUCUUUUUAAAACAAUAUUUUUUUGUAUUUAAUUAAGUAGUUGCAGUUAUCUGGAUAUUUUUUGGUCAGAAUUCUAAAUUCUGUUUGAUUCUUCAUAUUCCAGUGAAUAAAAUAUGAAAGCAUUAUGUUUUUAAGAUUGUGUCAAUAUUCACAUAAAAACUUGUGCCAAAAGCACCUGAAAUGAUAAUUAUGUUUCACUCGAAGGGUAAAUGUGACAACAUUCUGAUAAUCUAAAAGUGCAAUUUCUUUUUCUUUAAAGGGUUUUCUCCUGCAUUGCAGAUCCUGUAGAUAUAUAUUUAUAUUUAUACAUAUAUAUUUAUGAAGUAGUUCUUAUUAUUCACAAAAUAUAUUUCUGAAUAGCCUAAAAAUUAAGAUAUUUUAAAUCUGAUGCUUAAACUUUCUUUAAUUUGGCCAUUAAUCUUUGUUUUUAAAUUAUAUAUAAUUUUUAAAAUCUCAAAUGUCCUUGUUAAAAAUUCUUAAUGAUAACAACUAAAAUUAAUUAUGACACUUGCUGAUGUAGAUUUGAUUUGUUUGGGUAUGCUUUUAAAAACCACUUUUGAAUGUCUCAACAUCUAAUUUAAGUUUCUUUUUAUGUUUCUGACCAAAGGAGCAAGAGGCAUGAUGAUAUGGCAUUCUUAAAAUUGUCAAAAUGUAGAAAAACAGUAAUAUUUAUAGCAUCAGUAAAUAUUUUUAAGUGGUAUUCAUUCCUAAGUCAUAAAAGUUCAUGGAAAGAGACCUUUAAAAUCUUGUGGUCCUAAACAAUGUUAUAUGAAGUAGAAAAAAAUAAAACACUUCCCAGCUGUGUGUUUUGUUUUAUAACACCUUGUCCUCUAUUACUUGAUAUUUUAACAAGUAUCAGGUACUCUUUAAUAAGCAUAUACAAUAUUUGUUAAGGGAAAUAUUAAAUUUUAAGUGGUGAAAUUUUUUGGCAAAUAAUUUCAUAGACUCUAGAUGAACCUUUUAAUAUUAGUUUGUAAAGUGGGUAAAAUAUUUUAUAUCCAUAAAAUAGAAAAUGCCUAAUAACUAUUAAACAAUUAUUAUCAUUUCUGCUCUCAGCUAGAAGAGUUAACUGCUAUCCUCAAUAUGAUAACUCUUGGUAUGUAUUUCUUUAGCAACCUUAUUCAUCAGGAAAUAUCCAGCAACCCUGAAGCAAGCCUGCAAAUUAGCAAGAUAUCAAGCCCCAUCUCUCUUCCUUUUCCCUUCUUCCCCCCACCUAAACAAGGGAGAAAAAAAAAAAGCAGCAAAGGGAUAGAACUUCUAGAACUUAAAGUAAUAUGUAAUAAUGAGGGAGGAUCUAUAGCUACAGAGGCAGCAACUGUAAAGAAAACAUUUGUCAUAUUUAAGGAGUUCCUAAGAUUAGUACUUUGUUACAGCAGAUUAUUAUAUUUGGUGUUCAUAGUGUUGACCCUGGAAUCUUCCUCAGAAGGCUGGGGGUGGAAUUUUACUAAGCAGUAAGUCAAGGCAUUUUAGGACCAACUCCAUCAAAAGAUGGUUUAAAUUUUUUUUAAGCUAUUUCUUUAAGAUGUGAAUGAAAAGUUCACUUAUAUGAAUUAUGUUUAUUCCUAAAAAUAAGAUAACAUGAGAUAUGUAUAUUCUAAAGUAUUUACAAAUAAUAACAUUUAAUGUUGGGAACUGCCCUGUUUAGGGUAUAUAAAUAAAUGCCUUUAUAAUGUUUCAAGCUCAGCCAAUAUCUCUAUGUGUUAAUGGGCAAAGCAAUUGAAACAGGCUGUCAGUUUGAAAACGUGAUAUGUAAAUGUGUACAAGAUACAGUACUACUACAGCUAAUAAUGAUAAGCUGACUAUAA